CAUACAGCAUAUUUCCCGGAAUACAACUUUUGAAUGAAAAGAGAACACGAAGUCCUUCAUAAAGAAAAAAGGGCUCCCCCCACAGGAGAUGCGUUUGUAGCCCUGGAUUCGGCGUGGGGCGGGGCCUAGAAAGGGGCGGGGCCUGGGCCGCCGGAGCGGACGCCAUGGGCGGGGCCUGCGUCAGGUCGGCGACGUAGCCCCGCCCCCGGCGUUGGCGCGAGAUCCGAACGUUGGCGGAGCCUGAGGUGGCGGCUGUUUCUGCGGCUGCCGGAGCCGGACUCCGCGUGAGGCGAGCGAGGCCUCCUCAGCGGCCAUGAGGCGCUCCGGCCCCGAGGAGGAGGCCUGCGGCGUGUGGCUGGACGCGGCGGCGCUGAAGAGGCGGAGAGUGCAGACACAUUUAAUCAAGUCAAGCACCAAAAUGCUAACACUCUUGCCUAGAGAGAGAAAGGCUCCUCAAAGAACUCCACCUGCAGGCGUUCAGCAGACCAGCAUUGCUUCCUUCUUCACCUUGCAAUCAGGAAAGAAAAAUGGUGAUCAGAGGAGUGUCUCAUCAUAUAUAGAAAGUCAGACCAACAGAGAGUCUAAGAAAGAUGCAACCCAGCUACCCCAUCUGAUCCAGGGCUUGAGCGACGAUUGCGUGGCACCCCCUGUAGCCACUUCAACCCCUACAGACAUCCAGGAAGCUGGACUUUCUCCUCAGUCCCUCCAGGCUUCUGGCCACCACAGACUGGGAACCCCAUUCUUGACUGGGCUGUCUUUGAUCCAGCCUGAGACUAACAUAAUCUGUACUGGAGAGAGUCAAGACUCACUGGCUUAUUCUUUCAACCAGGACUUGGAAAGUUCUUGCUUGCUGGACCAGAAGGAGGGAGAUCAGGAUUCUUCCUGGAAAAGGGAAUGGCUUCAUGGAUCUAAGAAAAGGAAUCAUCGGAGUAUGGACAGACGCAGUAAACCACCUGGGGGCAAGGGCCAACAGCCCUUGGACAAGCCUAAAUUGGAAAAGGUGUCUGCCAAAGAAAAUAGGCAGGCUCCUGUCCGCUUUCAAACUUACAGGGAGUCCUGGAGUGGAGAAAACACAGAAGUAGUGAAACAAAGAUCUGGUUCUGUUCCUGUGGUCUCCUGGGACAGUGAAAAGAAUGACAGGGACUCCUGGAGUCAGCUUUUCACUGAGGAUUCUCAGGGCCAGCGGGUCAUUGCUCACAACUUCAGAGUUCCUUUCCAAGAGGUAACCAACAAUAGGAAUCAGGAUUUAGGGCAAUUUCCUAACAGCCAUUGGGCUCGAUGCGAGGAUAGGCUCACUCAGUUAAACCUGCAGCCUGAUUUGCUCUUUACCCAGGACUCUGAAGGUAACCAAGUUAUCAGACAUCAAGUAUAAAUAUCUUUGAAGGUUGGGGAGGUAUGGAAUGAAGCUAUUGAACAUUUUGUGUAAAUAAAGCCAGUGGUGAUACCUGUUGA